AUGCUCAGUUCAAGUCCAAACCUCUCCUCCGCUCCAGCUUCGCCUGUUGCCACGUUCCAAAACCUUCGGAAGAGCCCCUACCAUGCUGCGCGACGACGGCAAUCUAGUUCUGUUGCCCCUCCUCGUCCACAGUUGAGCAGCGGCCCGACCCCAGCGCAACCGCAACAGUCGCCAGUGCUUUCGUUUGCCCGAUCCCCACGAACCACAUAUUCUCCCCGCCAGACGAUUGCUUCAAGAAAAUACGCGGAUGCGGGUACGCAAUAUUCGCCGGACGGUUUCCCUCCCACCUACAGGCCUCAGCCGCCGCCGAUCGCGCCCACCGCCGAUUCAGCACCCACUACUCAACCCCCACAAACCACCGUAACGAUAGAGCGGGGGGACUCCUCCGCCGAGGUCACCAUUACGGAACCGCCAGAGCCCAGCCUGCGGGUAGAUCCGCAGCCAGCGGUGCCGGCGCAAACCACGCAACCCAGCAGGAGGGCAUCAAGAGACAAAGAAAAGGUACCUCCGCGUGUACUGCAAAAACCCCAAAAUGAGGCAGCGGCUGCGCCUGAGGAGCAGUCCUCUCCCGCCAAACGAGCACGACCACAGAGUGGGACAAUCAAAGUCAUGCCAUUGAAGUACGAGACGUGCGACAUGAAGGAUCUGGGCAUCUUGGUUUCCGAUAUGCUUAUGGAGCUCGUGCGCUUGAACGACGACAUGCCGUUGCGGGACGGGCAGCUCACACGAUUUCACUCAAGAGCACCGCCAGCCAUAUCGGUCAAAGACUACCUCUUCCGCCUGAUAGUCCACGCCACGAUUUCCCCGCCCAUCCUACUAUCCAUGGUCUUCUACGUCGACAAGCUCUGUUCAAUGUAUCCCGCCUUCACCAUCAGCAGCCUGACCGUACACCGCUUCCUCAUAACAGCCGCAACCGUUGCGGCGAAAGGGCUCAGCGACAGCUUCUGGACGAACAGCUUAUAUGCGAAAGUGGGCGGUGUCAGCUUGAGGGAAUUGGCGUUACUCGAGCUGGAGUUUCUCAGAAAGCUAGAUUGGCGGAUCGUGCCGAAGCCUGAAGUCCUCGUGGAUUACUACAGGGGUCUGGUGGAGCGAGGCGAAGGCUACGUCAUGGAGAAGGAGGCAGGCUCUGAGGGGUCUUCAACCCCCCCAGACAGUUCAGCGGCAUCGUCAAGGAUCGAGGCGUUGGUUUCGAGCAACGGUUCGAGCGAUUCAUAG